GCCUUGUUCAGAUGUGGUGGAACUGGCACGGCACGGACUUUCCCGAGCUCGCCACGCUUGCGUGCCGCGUCCUCACACAGCCCGUGUCGGCGGCAGCAUGCGAGCGCAACUGGGCCGUGUGGGAGUCGGUCCACACGGCCAAGCGCAACCGCUUGGGGUCGGAGAAGCUCAAACGAUCUCGU